CAGGAAAGGAAAAGCAGGUCCCAUCUGGCCAUUGCCGCCGCAGCAAUGUCCUCUCCACUUUCUGCUGAUGACGAAGAUAUCUUCGCGCGCCUGCAACAGCGUGCCGAUCCGAAAGUGCUGAACGAGCAGCAGCAGGCAGUUGAUGAGCGCGUUCGUGCCAUUUAUCAAAAGGCACAGACUCGCCUUGGUGAAUUGCUCGACCAAAACUCCACGUUGCCAUGCACUAUUUCUUCGGUAGAGGUUCACGGAGCUCGCAACACCCGCCGAGGCUUCCUGGAGCGAAUCUUCGAUCCCCUUCUGAGCAGUAAUCAAGACAGACCCUAUACGCUCUCCGAGGCCUUGCGGGAAGUUUCGGCACGUGCGGACAAGCUCAACAGAUUCGACAUCUUCCAAGAACCCGUUUCGGUAUACUUGGACCAGUCCGAAGUAGACGGGUCGGGUAUCCCGAGCAUUAAAGUUCAUCUCUCCGGCAAAGAAAGGUCCCGGGUGCUGUUGAAGACAGGUACUGAUCUUGGAAAUGCCGAAGGUUCGGCUUAUGGCAACCUCCUGUGGCGUAAUGUGUUCGGAGGUGCAGAGAACCUGAACCUAAAUGCGUCUCUGGGCACCCGAACAAGGUCUGCCUAUCAAGCCACUUUUGACACCCCAGUCCUGAGUAACCCGGAUCUCCGUCUGGAGCUUGGUGGUAUUGCCAGUGCCACGCAGAAGUCCUGGGCGAGCCACGAGGAGGUGCUUCGAGGAGGAUGGUCCAAAUUCCGCUGGGCAAGUCCUUCCGGUCAACAACAUGAAUUCGGCUACAACGGUUUCUGGAGACAGAUGACUGGACUUGCCGAGAACGCAUCCCCUACUGUUCGAGCUGAUGCAGGCGACAGUGUCAAGAGCAGCGUGUUCCACAGCUGGACCAAGGACCGAAGAGAUAGCCCGCUUCUUCCCUCUCGUGGUUACUACGCGAAGUUGUUCAACGAAGUGGCUGGCUGGGGCCCUCUCAAGGGCGAUGUCUCCUUUUGGAAGUCAGAGAUUGAAACACAAGCUGCAAUUCCCAUUCCCAUUCCUGGUAUCAAAGGGGACAGUGGUAUCAGCUUGACUACUGGCUUCCGCGCCGGCCUUCUUUACCCUCUUGGCCUCGACAGUGACUCCAAACCCCAGCUCUCUCGCACGAACGACCGGUUCCUACUUGGAGGCCCUACGGAUGUCCGUGGAUUCCGUCUCUGCGGUCUUGGUCCCCAUGAUGGAGCAGAUGCUGUCGGUGGUGAUGUCUAUGCUGCAGGAAGCGCCAAUCUUCUGUUCCCGCUCCCCAGGGUAGGCGCGGAGAAGCCUCUCCGCCUGCAAGCUUUUGUCAACGGCGGACGUUUGUUGUCCCUCCGCACGGCUGACAAGAACGCACCUACUUCGGGAGCGGAUGUCCAAAAUGCCAUGGCUUCCACGGUUUCCGAGCUGACCAAUGGUCUGCCUAGCAUCGCGGCGGGUGUCGGACUUGUCUACGCCCAUCCAGUGGCCAGGUUCGAGCUCAACUUCUCCCUACCCCUGGUACUUCGCAAGGGUGAGGAAGGCCGGAAGGGGCUGCAGUUUGGAAUCGGCAUUAAUUUCCUCCUGGCCGCAAUGGCCCAGUAUUACCCCCAGCAGCAGCCUUACGGCGUACAAUCAUCGGCGCAAAACCUCCAAUUCUACCCUUCAUCCUAUACCUCCGUCUCGGGCCAUACGACCCCGUCACAGGCAUCCUACGGCGGUUUCGGUGGUGCGCCUAACCCAGCAUCUCAGGCAUACCCCGUCGGAGGGGUUGGUGGCGGAUAUGGCGGCUUCGGGUCCCCUUCUGCAGGAGUCAGUGGAAGGAUGGGUGAGCAAGGAGGACUGAGGACCGGAUGGCUCGCUGCAUUUGGCACGGAGGGCUACGAUGGGGAGCCGCCACUUCUAGAAGAGUUGGGGGUCAAUUUCGAGCAUAUCCGCACGAAGACCCUAACUGUGCUCAACCCUUUUGCGCGUAUCGACCAACACCUCAUGGAUGACAGCGACCUCUACGGAGCCCUUCUAUACAUCGUUCUAUAUGGAACAUUCCUGCUCCUCUCCGGCAAGGUCUUCUACGGCUACAUUUACGGCGUCGCAGUCUUCGGGACCGUAGCUUUACAUCUCAUUCUCAGUCUGAUGUCUCCCGCCCUCGAUACGGCCCCCGUCCCCAACGCCGCAGAUCCCGCCAAUUACUCUCCCCAUCACAAACCCACGAUGUCGGACUCCUCCGCUGCCGGCCACUUCUCCGCUACUUUGACCUUCCCUCGAUCCGCUAGCGUGCUGGGAUACUGUUUCCUUCCGCUAGUGCUGACCAGCUUAGUUGGGAUCCUGAUCCCUAUGGACACUCUGUUCGGAUACUUGUUGACUACCGCCGCCGUGGGGUGGUGCACGUACAGCUCCUCGGGAAUGUUCUGUGCUGUGGCGCGCAUGCGUGGAAUGAGGGGCCUAGUCGCGUACCCACUGGCAUUGUUUUAUGUGGUCUUUGGGAUCAUGGGUAUCUUUUCGUCUCGGGGAAGUGGGACUCUGGCUGCUAAGACGGGCGCGGCGUGAUACACAUUAUACAUGCAAGCAUGCACAGACGAUAUCUGAUUGAAAUCAUGACAACGAAUCAUUAAGCUCUCCCUUUCUUC